AAUCACACGAUGCAGUGUUUACAAACGGUGCCAAGACGUCGAGUCAUUGUUAAUGAUAAGAACGCAGGAUGCCUCUAAGUGUAUGCCCGUACAGGCGGUAGUCAAGCCUUCCGUCUCUAUCGUUCCAACAUUCCCGUUCAACUUACAAUGCUCUUAAAAUCCGUUGUCUUUGCCACGCUGGCUGCAGCCGGAGUGCCGCGUUCGAUUCCUGAGCGGAAUCAGACACCAGAUCGGUGCGGUACGACACAAGUGUCGAAGAGUUUCGUGAAGACAGUCUCUGAUCUCAAGCCCCUGGAAUCCGCCAUGAAGUUGGGUGCCCGCAGCAGCAGCAAUAGCUCAAGCAACAGCCUUUCCACGAUCGACGUCAAGGUGCAUUUCCACACGGUCAGCUCGGAGGCCAAGCGCGACUACAUCUCGGACCAGGCACUCGACAAGCAGUUUGCGCUACUCCGCGACGUAUACGCAAACUACGAUAUCAACAUUCAACGGGAUGAGACGGUUGCCUCCCGGACAGUCGACGACUUUCUCGCCACUGGGAGCUGGCCACUCACCACCCAGCAGGUUGCCGCGAAGAAAGACUUUCUGACCAGGACCCGAAAAGGAGGCUACGAUGCAAUUAACCUCUACUUUUAUACCGACAUGCUUGAGGACUUCUGGGGAUCGUGCACACUGCCACGGGACAACGUGACUCGCACUUUUGAUGAUGUCAACUUCCGCGAGGAUGGCUGUGGGAUCAACGCCGACAGUCUUCCCGACGGUCCAUUCGAGCGGGUCGGCCUUGGGUACACCGUGAUCCAUGAGGUGGGACACUGGUUCGGUCUCCUGCACGUCUUUCAAGGCUACACUUGUGAGGGUAGCGGCGACCUUGUCGACGAUACACCUGCCGCUCAGGUUGAUACGACAGGAUGUCCUAUAGGCAAGGACUCCUGUCCCGAUGUCCCUGGCUUAGACCCUAUUCAUAAUUACAUGGACUACUCUUAUGACUCUUGCUACAACGAGUUCACCGAGGGUCAGAAACUGCGCAUGCAUAGCAUGUGGGAAACACUGCGACUUUCAGCAAAGGUCAUCUCUUAAUUGGCGUGGCCACAAUCAGACCCGACGUCACCUUCCAUACACAGGUGGAAAGACGUCAGGUUUGGUAUUUGGGAAAUGGUUCCACUUCAAGUCCUUAUCUGUACCACCUCAGCUUGGAUUUCAACCUGUGCUCUGUUUCCAGCAAACCUGUUUAUGAUACGUCCUCUUUUCUCUAAACCUGAAUCUCUUACACAUGUACAGGUUGGUGGUCGGGUUGGAAGAAGUGGGAUAGCUAUCAGUCAUAAGAUCCCGGCCAUAAAUUCUCACGGCUGAAAUCUAGAGAACCUCUUGGACAAUGGCUAUUAGAGCUUCGCUAUACCACGGAUGCGGAGUGACUUAUUGCCAGUAACCCGCAACCGUUCCCAUCAUUCGAGAGAAGAGCGCUGAACCCCCAAGCAAGCUCUGCUGUUGGAGCACUCUUGCCAGCAACAAGGCAGUGAUAGCAGCGACGGGCAAAGUAGCAGCAAUGCUGGUUCUUCUCAGCGCGGAUGCUUUGUCCUCCACGUUCUUUUCGUCGCUGUAUGGCCACGCGUGGUCUGAUGACGGGGGGCUGACGCCGUUCAAACUCAGGCCACCGGCGAUUUGUUUGCUGUAGAAGUUGAGCCACGUGGCUAUCGGCAUAAGAGGCGCGAUGUACUUGUGUAUCAGGCGGCCCUUCCAUGUGUUCCAGGCGGAGGCGCGCAUGGCCUCCUGGCACUUCUCAACCAUGUCGGCGAGGCGCUCGACGCGCUGGCUCUCGACGGCGACGAAAGCCUCGGUGAGCCUGGGCAGCUCCCAAGACGCACGGCCGGCGAGGUUUUGUUCCCGUAAGGCGUUGGCGAGCGAAGCGCACGACUCGAUGCAGCUGUUGCCUCCCUGGCCGACGAGGGGGUUGAACUUGUGGGCGGCGUCGCCGAUGAUGACGAUCCGUCCGUAGUGCCACCGCCGCAUCACAAAGUGCGGAAGGGCAGUGACGCCGCUGUACUCCAGGUUGUCCACAACUUGGCAGAAUCGCAGGCCGUUGUCGGCCACAAGGGCGUCGGCGCCGCGCUUGAACUCGCGCCUCUUGUCUUCGUCAUCGAAGCGCGGGAUGUCGUCGAUCGGGCAUGACCGCCGAGACUCGGGCAGCGUCCAGAACCAGAACACGAACACUUCUCCGCCGGGUCCGCCCAUGCAGCCGGCUACGGUACCGUCGCCGCUCGCGCCGACGACCUCGCCGGCUGCC